GAAUAAGGAAGAUCAAAGGACAAGCAGACGUUCCAGGUACUUCUCCCUGGUGACCUGAGGUUGCUGAAAUCAAGAGGCUUAAAGGAUGCGUGUACUGUGGCUGACACUUCUCCUGGGAUCAGUAAUAUGGGCAGAGGAGCAGUAUUUUCACCAUUCCAAUCCCACCACAUGGGAUGAAGCCAGGCAGUACUGUCAGGCCUGUUUCAAAGACCUGACGACCAUCACUUGCAGGAACGUCCACGAUCUUUUGCAGAAACUCGGCAAUUCAGACUUCUGGGUUGGGCUUCGCAGGAGCUUCAAUGGCUCGAUCAUACCGUGGUCCAGGUGGUCCAAUGGUGACCCUGUUUCAUAUCAGAACUGGUAUCCUGGCCAUCCUGUACCAAAGGUAGAAACAUGUCCUUUAACUCCGAACAACACCUCGAUGAACUCAACCGGGGCACCAAAAGCAAACAACACAGAGGAGCAGUGUCCCCUAGUGUUGGAAAUACUUAACUGCCUAAAUUUGACACUUGGUGAGCUUGAAAAUAUAACCGGUCCCUUGGUCAAUCCGACUCCUCACAGUUUAUACAGUAGCCCACUGCCCACUGUUAAUAUCACUUCUAAUGAAACACAAACAUGCGACAUCAAAGCUGAAAAAUAUAUUGAGGAUUCUUGUUUGGCCCUGCUCAGCUUUGGGAUGUGGAAGGAAAAAGAGUGCAAUGAAAGUCUUCCAUUCAUCUGUUAUGAUGAACGUUUUUUUGGCGAAAUAAACAUUUCUAAUGUGACCAAAAGUGAGGGCCAUGUGAACUGGAGUCAGGGACCAGGGAACAUUAGCAACUACACAGUGAAAGUCACAGGGGGGCAUGAAAGUAAUGUGACAACCAUGGUCAAGAUACUGAAGAACCUCACGUCAGGAACUCUAUACAAUGUCCAGGUGUACCCUGUGAAAUGUGGCAGGCAUCUCAACCCUCAGAAUAUCUCUUUCUAUACCUCCCCAUCUGAUGUUUAUAACCUGACAGAAAUGAAUGUGGAUGAUACUAGCGUGCGACUGAGCUGGAAUCAUUCUGGAAACUGUGAUUUUUACUUAAUAACAGACAAGGACAAGCCGGACGAGCCAAAUACAAUCAAUACAACUGAAAUUAAGAUAUCUAAUCUUGUACCGGGGAAAGAGUAUACCUUCACUGCUUGUGCUGUAGUGAAUAGGACUACCAAAAGUGUGUCGGCAAGCGUUUCUUUUUUCACCAAGCCUUCACGUGUUUUGAAUCUAACGUCAGCUGAUAACAACUGUACAGUCAUAAGUGCUUACUGGAAAAAACCUGCAGGAAACCAUUCAAGUUACAAUAUUUGUCUUAAUGAGGCAAGUAACAGCCAGUGUGAAAACCACUGUCAGCCGGGAAACUGCAAUCAAACAAAAGUCGAACAUUUCACCUUUACAGAUAAAACACCUGGCAUGAAAUAUUGUCUGUGUGUGGCAGCACUAACAAACAACAGCCAGUUAUCUGGAGAAAUGGUUACAAUUGCAGCAUACACACGUCCAGAAAAGGUGGAACUUCUGAAUUUAUUUCCAUCUAACCAACACAUUUUCGCCAGUUGGACAGUUAAUGGACACUUUAAAGAAUUUUUAGUGAGCAUUGAACCAGCAGGCUUAAUAAAAGAAGAUCGGACACCUUAUAAAAACUACAAUUUUACGGGGCUUAAAGCAGGAGUACACUACACUGUAAAAGUCACCACCCUUUCAGAGAAACCCGACUUGAAAAGUGAUCCUGUUUACAUAUCAGACUAUACUAAACCUACUCCAACACCAUGGGUAACUGCCAUUGUUCUUAAUGAAACUUCCAUAUCUCUAACCUGGGGAGUUCCAAAAGAGUCAGAGGGAGCCUCAGAUAUUAAAUAUGAAGUGACGCAUCAUUCUGCUUAUUGGAACUCAACAAACUCUACCCAACAAGAUAAAAACCUUACCUUUGUUGGUUUACGGUCGGGAACAAAUUAUAACUUCAGUGUCAGUGUUAAGGCUGGCAAUUUGACGAGUCUUCCAGUAUUUGCUUCUAAUCAGACAAAGCCUUACAGGAAGACGUUGACAUUUGCCAUGUUGUGUACCAGUAAAACCCCACUUCUCUGUAGCGAGGGUCAAACUCAGACUGAUACACUGAACGAGCUGACAAAGAAUUUUAGUAAAACAUUUUUGGGGAUUCACUGGAACCUUACAAUGGUAGUAAGGAAAUGAUGUCACACACCAUUACUACAACAGACGUCUGGUUUGUAAAAAUAGCAUGACUGAUGAUGCAGUGUCUUGUAAUAUUGUAUGGCAUAACAUCAGCAAAUAUACAUUUUAUUUAUAAUUUUAAAUUAAUUCACCCUCUUUUUAGGAUCAGUGAUUUGAUCGAACCCAUAUUUACUGCUGAAAAUAGAAAUCACAGACCAUCAGUCACGUUUCAGCUCCUCGCAUACCACCAUUCUUCCGAGUUGUGCAUUGUUUCUUCAUUUAUAUUAAACUAUAAUUUUACUAUUUUUAACCAUUUUUAUAGUUUUUACCGCGAAAAAGGGAAAUUCAUUUUUCUGUAAUAAUGUUCUAAAAUGUAAUUCUCUUUGCAAAAUUGUAAAAAAAAAACUGAAUUUGAAAUGGUGGGGUGGCCUGGCUGGGUGCAUAGUGGUGGCGGUUAUGGUCAUAACUUUGACUUUGGCAGGAAUAUAUUAUUUCUUGAUAGUUACCAAUAUAUAAUUGUUUUGCAUUGUAUAUUAUUGUUUAGUCACACAUUGUACUGGAUUAUUUUAAUACCGCAGAUUUACAUUGCUAGUUAAAUUGAGUUUGAUUGUUUUUUAGUUUUCUGUCAAGAUUGGUGUAAUUAUUUAGUGAACUAUUCAUGUAUGCUUGUUUUCAUUUAAAAUAAAACCUUGCCAAAAAACUCUA